ACGUGGCACACAACCUUAUUUUCAUUUCUGAGCGAUUCUGGAAAAAUGGUCGAAGAAAAAAGGGAUUUGUUUAUUUUGGAUGAUUUGGACUCUGCAAGAAAGUUCUGGCAGAGAAAGGAGGACUCAUUCAAGACCUCACUACACGAUUGUCUAAAUGAAACCGUUUCGAGCUUCUUGGACAGACGGCCGGAAAAUGCGAUUGGUGUCUUCGAAGAUUUCUUCUCCGAAAUAAGAUCACCUCCCAAGACAAAACACGAAGUUCAGGAUCAAGAAAACACGAAAGAAACAGAACUCAAACUACUAACAGCAUCCAUCCUAACACAAAAGCUUUUUGAGAAAGAUGCAGAUAAAGAGGGAGAAUUGGAAACUGAUGAAGAAGUUGAGACACCAUUACCGAAUCUUAUAAAUCUCAAUUUCUACUUUGAGCAAGCGGGCAUUGGACUUCCUCAUGAAGAAAUGUUCAAUGUGUGGCUUUCGUUGAAAACUCUUGUUGAUUCUAAACCUCUUCAGACCGUUAGAUUUUGGGGUAAAAUAUUCGGUUUGGAGCACAAUUACUACAUUGCUGAAGUCGAAUAUCGCGAUGGAGGUCUUGAGGAGGAGGAGGAGCUAGAGCGAGAAGAACGGGAAGAAGAGGAAGAAGAUAGUAAAGAUAAAGAUGACGAAAAUGAAAAUGACGAUGACAGAGACGAAGAAGAGGACGAUCUUCCGAAAUCAACAUGGGUUGCACCCCCCGUCAUCCCCAAAGAAGAUUACAAAUCGGGUGCAAACAAACAUGUCUACUUCGUCACGAACACUUUCUGUGGAUCAUGGAUAAAAUUACCUCACGUUUCGCCUGCUGAAAUUAAUGCCGCGCGGCAAAUAAAGAAAUUUUUUACAGGGAGAAUUGACGCACCGGUCGUGAGCUAUCCUCCGUUUCCUGGUAACGAGGCGAACUACCUUCGUGCUCAGAUCGCUCGGAUUACCGCUGGCACGCACAUAAGUCCCGCUGGCUACUACGCUUUCGAGGAUGAGGAAGAAGAAGAAGAGGAGGAGGUGCGUGAAACUUACGUGGUUAAUCCCGAGUUCGAAGGUGUGAAUCCCCGCGAGUUAUUAGAUACCACUGCAAACACUUGGGUACAUCAUUGUUUGAAUAUCCUACCUCAGGGUCGCUGUAUUUGGCAUAAUCCUGUCACGAGAAAUGAAGAUGACUUUGAAGAAGAAGAACCAGACGACGAAGAAGAAGGGGAUGAGGAAAUUAUGCCAGAAACUGGACCGCCAUUGUUGUCAUCCAUCAGUGAAGAUGAUGGGAUAGACAACAAGCCUGCAUGGUCGUCGUAUCUUUCCUCAAACUUUCUUCCUCAAUACGCCAUCGCUGUUAUGAGAUCCAAUCGAUGGCCAGGAGCGUACGCCUUCGCUCAAGAAAUGAAAUUUGAAAACAUUUACAUCGGUUGGGGUCAGAAAUACAUGCCCAAAGGUUACACUCCCCCCGUUCUGCCACCUGUCCUUGAUGAAUACCCCACGGGAGCUGACGUCAUUGAAAUUGCCGACCCCACCGUUGAAGAGGAAAAGGAAGCGAAAAGCAAGACAGAGGAGGAUUUAGAGCCUGGAGACGAGGACGAAGAUAUUGAUGAUGAAGACGAUGAUGAUUAAUGUCGACGUUGAGCUUUUUGUUUGAACUGGAUGGGUGUAUAGAAUUUGUAUAUAAUAGUUCAUGAAAUGCCAGAUUGUGAUGUAAUCUGUGUGAAUAAAUUUGUAUAUUUCCACAUCAA